AUGAAUCUAGAGAAUGAGUUGAGAAACAUCACACUGGGGGACUCAACUAUUCAUGAGUACUUUGAGAAAAUCAAGAAGACAACAGAUUUACUGGAGGGACUUGGCGAAAAGAUGAAAUACCGCACUGUUGUUCUUCAUGCUCUAAACGGCCUCCCGACCAAAUAUGACACUGUUGCAGGUGUUAUUCGGUUCUCCAAACCCAUACCCACUCUCUCUGAGAUGAGAUCCAUGUUACUAGUUGAAGGAACGAGAAUCAAUAAUUCUCGUCUCACUGUUCAGUCUCACAAAAACCACAGCUCUGCUCCCUCACUUCUCCAAGCUGCCACUUCAUCUCCGUUGCCAACUCAUGGGGGUGGGGGCAGUUCAUACUGUGGGAAUUCCACCCUUCGUGUAGGAGGUCAUGACAACUAUCGCCGCCAUCAACAGGGUCCUCCCUUCUCUAUAGGUCCACCACCUCAGACCAACCAAUAUGGGUGGGUAUAUAUUCCAUCGCCCGCUUCUGAUCAUCACUCAUGGACAAUGUAUGGUCAAAACCAACACCCGUGGGCCAACUCCCACUCCUUUUUAUAG